AGUUUUAAGAUGGAGACGAAAAUGGUGGUGGAGAAAGCUGAUCAAACAGCAUUUGAGGGAGAUAGUGGAGGAUAUUAUGUAUGGUCAAGCUCAAAAUCACCUUUGCUGAGCGAUUUCAAGCUCGGAGCAGGAAAACUUCUUCUACGCCCUCUUGGCUUUGCUCUUCCUCACUAUGCUGAUUCCUCCAAAAUCGGAUUCGUUAUCAAAGGUACUUGCACAGUUGGGUUAGUGGCACCAAAUAGUCCAGAAGAAAAAGUUUUGUUGAUCAAAGAAGGGGAUGCAAUUCCACUUUCAUCAGGGGUAAUUUCAUGGUGGUUUAACAGUGGCGAUACUGAUGUUGUCAUUGUAUUCUUGGGUGAAACCAACAAAGCUCUAGUCCCUGGUCAAUUCACAUACUAUUUUGUUUCGGGAGUUCUAGGAAUUUUAGCUGGAUUUGGAUCUGAUAUCGUAGGUAAAACUUUCGAUCUUGACCCAAAAGAGUCAGAAAAUGUUGUAAGCAGCCAACCCGGAGCAUUACUUGUUAAACUAAAAAGCGGAAUUAAAUUUCCUGAACCAAGUAAACACACAAAAGAAAAACUAUUCGCGACCCUUAAUGAACCAUUGUGUCACACUUCUUACAUAGACGGCGGAUCUGUGAAUUCCUUGACAGGAAAUAACUUUCCAAUGCUUGGGACGAUCGGUCUUAGUGCAAGGUUUGUGAAGUUAAUUUACAAUUCUAUGUUGGCACCAAGUUAUGUAGCAGAUGGAUCGGUCCAGAUGAAUUAUGUUGUUAAGGGAAGCGGUAAGAUUCGGGUUGUGGGAAGUGAAGGAAAGCCUAUAUUGGACAGUAAAGUUGAAGAAGGAGACUUGUUCAUUGUUCCUCAGUUUUUUCCUAGUGCUUAUACCGCAGAUGAUUGUGGAAUGGAAGUAUUUUCUAUCAUAACUUCUUCAAAACCUAUUUUUGGACAACUGGCUGGAAAUACUUCAAUUUGGAAAGCAUUAGCUCCGAUAGUUUUACAGUCUACUUUAAACAUUAAUCAAAAAUUAGAACAUUUGAAGUGGAAGAACACAGUAUCCAUCAUAAUUGUUCCUGGAUCCAAGUUAAUAGAUGAAAAUGCAUAAGGUUGGUCUUGCAUAUGUUGUGAUCAACACUGAUCAAUAAGUCGAGAGCCAAUAUAACAAGCUCUAUGUUGCUUUAACUUGGUAUUAAUUUGUUUAUGUCUGUCACUCAACGUUUUGAGAUCUUAUUCUUAUAUAUAUUGUAAAC